CGGGAACGGAAUCGGAAGUGCGACCGUGCUUCAUAAUGACGGGACGUUGGUCUGAGUCUAUUUCUGAAACUACUUCAAUCGAACGUAUGCGUAACUCUUCCUUUAUUUUUCUACUAGCGACCCGCCCUUGCUUCGCUUCGGAAACUGUAAUUUAUUAUUGAUUUCUCCACUAUUUAAUGGAUGUUAUUAUACACAUAAACCUUGUUCUACAAUCACUCUAUCUAUUUAAAAAAAACGCAUCAAAAUCCGUUGCGUAGGUUUAAAGAUUUAAGCCUACAUAGGGAUAUAGGGACAGAGAAAGCCACAAUGGGUGUACGAGCUCACAGCCCACCUGGUGUUAAGUGGUUACUGGAGCCCAUAGACAUCCACAACGUAAAUGCGCCACCCACCUUGAGAUACAAGUUCUAAGGUCUCAAGUAUAGUUACAACGGCUGCCAUACCCUUCAAACCGAAACGCAUUACUGCUUCACGGCAGAAAUAGGCAGAGUGGUGGUACCCACCCGCGCGGACUCACAAGAGGUCCUACCACCAGUAAUUACGCAAAUUAUAAUUUUGCGGGUUUCAUUUUUAUUACACGAUGUUAUUCCUUCACCGUGGAAGUCAAUCGUGAACAUUUGUUGAGUACGUAUUUCAUUAGAAAAAUUGGUACCCGCCUGCGGGAUUCGAACACCGGUGCAUCGCUUCAACACGAAUGCACCGAACGUCUUAUCCGUUAGGCCACGAUGACUUUUAAAACUUUAAAACACUAUGUAGUGAUGAUUAUGGCAAUCGCCUUGUUUCGAUGCCUUUGAUGCCACCGUUGAAUUAAUUAGUCUUCAAUCAUUUAAUUUGUUAAAUGAAAAGUAAAAUGUAGUGGAAUGAAAUAAAUUUGAUUUAUCUGUGAAUGUUACCAAUUGGGAUGAGAUUGAAUGAAAUCAAUUAUGUAAUGGAUUGACAAUUCACUGUAGUAACUAACUGCCACCUCAUCACAAUUACAAUGCCUUUUCCUUUAAACAAUAUGACAAAUAUUCUAAAAUUCCCCGGGAACUACAAUUAUUUUAAUACUGUCAUUUUUCACAAUGAAAACUAAUGAAACACGUUCCGUUAUCAUGACUAACACGGAUUGUAUGAAAAACAUAAUUUUUAUGAAAAUGCUUCCGCGCCAUAUAAAGUACAAUGAAUAAUGAUACUGACAAAAAACCAUUCCAAAAUGUACUACUGUAAAAUGGAAGGUAAAAGUACUAUUACCCUUCAUAAAAUAGUAACUGUAAAUGUACUACCAUUCGGAUGAUUUACUUAAAUAAAUAAUAAUUAUGAACGUGCAAAUAUUUAUUUUUACUUAUAUUUAAUAUAUAUGAGAGAUAGGAAAUAAAAUCUACAUUUUCAAUGUCAUAAAAUCCCAGUAGUUCACACAACACCAGGAUUCUCAUGAAUGAGGAGCCGGAGCGUCUGCGUCUGGGGCACAUAUCAUCAUCUCACUAUGUGCGCCCGUAUGGAUAUGCGAGUAAUGUCAAUUACGUUAGCGCAGGUGCGCAGGUGCACUCUGCGCAGGUUAGGCUUUAUAAUAUGUUUUCAUCUUUGUCUAACUAACAGUCAUUCUUUGUGGACAGAAAAGUUUAUACCGUAUUACUACGUAGCAUCUCUACGUAGUCUGUAAGUCAAAUUUUCCGAUAGGUGCGCGAAAACAUGAAAUAUGAACAGGUAUAUCUUUAAAACAGCUGACGUGAAAAUUUCUUUUGUGCAGUAAAAGUGAGGAGGACUCGGGAAAUUUGCGAACAUUUUGCAAUAAUAUCGUGUUUUAUAAACCUACUUGAAGCUAUUCUCGAUCGAUACGCUAAAAUUAAAAAUACACCUCAUUUUUAAAAUUAGCAACAUAGCAUUUUGUGGAAAAUUUUAAUGCAGCGACGCCGUUCUCGCGUAAUAAAAAGGAAUAUGAAAUCGUGAAGGUCACAGCUUUGUUCGAGUCAAACAAGUUCUUUGACUGCCGUGGCCGCACGCGCGUUGUCACUCGCCCUGUUUGCGACUCGUUUACGUAAUCGGAACCGCUCAUCAAAUCACAUUCUUAUCUCUAUCCCGGGGGCUCGGCCCGACGUACUGUCAGUUGAUUCGCUAUUCAGUGUUGACCAGGGUCAGCGUUAUGCUUACAAUCUGGGCGAGAAUCGGUCGCGUACGUUCGCUAGAGCGAACGUUGUCUAGCGUCGUAGACUUGCCGCAAUUUCAGGAUGGGAGCAUCCAUAACGAGCCUGUGUUGGGUUAUCGUGCCGGAAGCCGGGAACGCCAAGACCUAAUUGAGGAGCUGAAACGAACCGCUUCAGUAAUUGAAGACGUACCAAUUGUAAUUGCCGGAAAAAAUAUUACAGAAGGCGAGCCACGAUAUCAGGUGAUGCCCCAUGAUCACUCAAAAAAGAUAGCUAAAUAUUACUAUGCCAGUGAAAAAACAAUUGAAAAGGCGAUUCAAGCGUCUGUCGAUGCUCAAACUCGUUGGGACCGCACUCCGCUGACUGAACGCGUAAAAAUCUGGCAGACAGCAGCUGAGCUAAUGGCCGGUGCGUAUCGACAGAGCCUCAAUGCUGCGACCAUACUUGGACAGUCGAAAUCAGUAAUUCAAGCUGAAAUUGAUGCUGCAGCUGAACUUAUUGAUUUUUUCCGUUUUAAUGUACACUUCCUGAAGGAAAAUUCAAAAUAUCAACCUAUUUCUGAGAGUCCCACAAUAACCAAAAACUCUUUGAGAUUUCGUGGCAUAGAUGGAUUUAUUGCAGCAAUAAGUCCCUUCAAUUUCACUGCCAUUGGAGGCAACCUCGCAUACACACCUGCACUUAUGGGCAAUGCAGUGUUAUGGAAACCAUCGGAUACAGCUUUGUUGUCCAACUGGCGAAUCUUCAAUAUUAUGAGGGAAGCUGGUCUUCCAGAUGGUGUUGUAAACUUUGUUCCAUCCGAUGGUCCUACAUUUGGUCGAGUCAUCACAUCAUCACCAUACCUGGCUGGAAUCAACUUCACAGGCUCUGUGCCCACUUUUAACUGGCUGUGGAAUGAAGUAGGCAAGAAUCUUAAUACAUAUCGUAACUAUCCCAGACUCAUUGGAGAAUGUGGAGGAAAGAAUUACCACUUUGUACACCCCUCUGCUGAUAUACAAACUGUGGUUAGUGGCACCAUCCGAUCAGCAUUUGAAUUUUGUGGACAGAAGUGUUCAGCUUGCUCCAGAAUAUAUAUCCCUCAGUCUCUGUAUGAACCAAUUAAGACAGGAUUACUUGCAGAAAGAGCUAAACUGAAGAUUGGUGACCCUGCAGACUUUUCAGUGUUCACAGCGGCUGUCAUUGAUGACAAAGCUUUUGCUAGGAUCACAGGAUACAUCCAAAGAGCCAAGAAGAAUCCUAAGAACAAGAUCUUGGGAGGUGGUGAGUUUGACAAUAGCAAGGGCUACUUUGUGCAGCCUACCAUCAUUGAGACAACAGAUCCGCAUGACAAGCUCAUGACAGAAGAGAUCUUCGGUCCAGUGCUCACCAUUUAUGUAUAUAAUGAUAAAGAUAUUGAUAAAACCAUGGAUUUAAUUGGUACUUCCACAAAAUUUGCUCUUACAGGAGCUAUAUUUGCUAAAGAUCAAGUAUUUUUGAAAAAAGCAUAUGAAAAUCUCAAAAUGACUGCUGGCAACUUCUAUAUCAAUGACAAAUCAACUGGAUCUGUAGUCGGUCAGCAGCCAUUUGGAGGUGGCCGUAUGUCAGGUACUAAUGACAAGGCAGGUGGUCCCAACUAUGUCAUGAGGUGGACAACUCCACAAUCUAUUAAGGAAACAUUUGUUCCACUUACUGAUAUUGAUUAUCCAUAUAUGAGAGAAUGAAAAUCAUCAUCUCAGAACUUAAUUAUCCAAAAGUAGAAAAAAAAAUUAAGAUAAUUAGAUUGAUUAGAUCAACUAUCUAGUUAAAUUAGUGAAAUUAUCAUCUCAGCAAACAAUCUCACUUGUAACAUAGAAGUAUUAAUUUGUGUAUUUUGAAUAUUAUUUAAUUAUUCAUGUUGUAAAAUGUAGAUAUUUAAGUAAGUUAAUGUAAUUUUUUGAAAAUGAAUUAAUGUUAAUUACUAGUUUCAUGUUAUGGCAUGAUUGUUCAAUUUUAUUAUUAUGGAAAUAUAUUAGAUUAGGUCAAAAAGGUAAUUAUUUGAAAUAUUGAAACUUGUUCGUCUCGCUAGUUCUGUGCUUAUACUUUCUGUAUCCGAGUGAUUUUCUAACAUUAUAUGUUUCCUGUCUGACCUCACUUGCAUUUACUGCUUACUCUCUGUCUAAAUGUAAAAUGUUUAUUAGUGUAAUGUUAUUGUUAAUGUUGAUUGCUGGAUCUCUUGGUUUCAUCUAUGACUGAAGUUGAUGUUUGGAAUUCCAAUAAAUAAUAAAAAUUAAUAGUUCAA